AUGCCGCCCGUGAAAGAAGGCCGAGUCACGAAAUUGAAAGCCAAAGGACCGCGAACCACAACCCGACGCGUCUCCAACAGAAUCCCGCUGGUCGAACAGACCAACGCAUUAUCCAUUGGCGACUUCAUUGCUCAAUACGUGACUCCACUCACGCAGGCAGGAGAUCCAGCUAAAAAGGAUGCGAUUAAUCAACCGUAUCCAUCCCAAAAUCAGCAAAAGCAGGAUAUGACCCCAACACCACGCGUGGACAUCCACUCCGCAGCAACCAUCUCCGCAGCUGAUCUGGAAGCAUGUCUGGAUCUAGUCGAGCAAACCUCGAGCGCAGCCUACAUGGCGUCGAGCGCAGGCUGGUCGCGCACCAAGAAGCGGAAAGAGAUGAAAUUGCCCGACAUGAAGUAUUUUAUUCUGCGGGGCACACCGAAUGAUUCUGGUGAUUCUAGCGGGCAAAUUCCGGAGAGUGAUAUCGCCGACAACAAGGCUCCAACUUCGCCUCUGAAGGAAAGUGAUGAGUCUUUUUCAUCGAUUGGUACUGGUUCUCCAAAUGUGCUCGGGUUUUUGUCAUUUAUGGUUACCUACGAGGAUGGAAAGGAGGUUGUUUACUGCUACGAAAUUCAUUUGUCGCCGACGGCCCGGGGACGGGGCGCUGGGACGUUGCUGAUGGGUCGCAUGGAAGGAAUCGGUCGUGCUAUCGGCUUGGAGAAGUCUAUGCUGACGGUUUUCAAGUCUAAUGAGUCUGCUCGGCGAUUCUACGAGCGGCUUGGGUAUGAGGUUGAUGAGUACUCGCCCCGACCGCGCAAGUUGCGCAAUGGGACUAUUAAGGAUGUGGACUAUUUGAUCUUGUCGAAGAUGUUGAAAUAA